AUGAACACGGAAUUUCAACAAUUCCAACAAAAACAUUCGAUUUUUUCUCUAGAAAACUUGAAUUUGCAAAGGUUUUAUCGCAAUCCCAAGGUAACAAUUGGGAAGUUUCCGUCUAAUCCUCAAUCGGGUAUAAAAAGGCAAUCUUCAUCUUCAGUUAGAGCAACGAGUAUUCCAGCUGCCAUGAAUCAGGACGAGUAUGAUAAAAAGUAUCAAUUCAGAAGAAGAAGAAAAGUCAGUUGGGUCAAGAGAAAAGCAGACGGGAUCCGAACAAUUGUAAGCAGAGAUGGACUUGAGAAAGCAGCCAAACGUCGAGUCCCACUUAUUAAAUGGAUGUCCCGCUACCAGUGGAGUUAUCUUGCUGCUGACAUCAUUGCCGGAGUGACUGUUGGAAUUUACAAUGUCCCACAAGCUAUGUCCUAUGCUACUCUGGCUGGUCUUCCACCCGUCUAUGGACUUUACGCCAGUUUUUUUCCACCGAUUCUUUACUUCAUCUUUGGUUCAGCCACUCAUUCUAGUAUUGGUGUUUUCUCGAUCACUUGUCUUAUGGUCAAUAAGUGUGUUGAAGAACUGCUUCACCAAGAUAAUUCUGAGAGAUUCCCGGGUAUCACAAAAACGGAUGUCAUCAGCAGUUUGUGUAUUCUGACUGGACUCAUUCAGUUGGUCAUGGCACUUGUCCGAUGUAACAAACUUAUGAAUUUCCUUUCGGAAACAGCAAUUUCAGCAGUAACAUUCUCCGCUUGUUUCUACGGAGUUGUGAAUCAGAUUCCAAAGUUGUGUGGUUUUUCAGUGCCCUCAAGAAACGAGCCGUAUUUUCAUCUUUUUUAUGCAAUUGAUGACAUUGCUGAAAACAUUCACAAAUCAAAUAUAGCCACUGUUUGCAUUUCAGUGUGUACUUUGGUGUUUUUGAUCUUUGCUAGAAAUUUCAUCGAGCCUGUUUUUAACAGACAAAAAGGCAUAAUCAAAGGAAUUCCGUUUCCAAAAGAGCUUAUUACUAUCGUUGUGGCUAUUCUUGCAUCUCAUUUUAUGAACUUCGAGAAAAAGUAUGGGGUGAAAAUUCUUAAGAACGUUCCUACAGGAUUCCCGUCACCCAGUCUUCCCAGAAUCGAUAUCUGGGCUGAAAUUUAUUCCAGUGCUAUCGGAAUCGCUGUCGUUUCAUAUGCUGUGACUAUGGCAAUGGGACAAAUUUUCGCCAAAAAAUACAAAUACAGACUUGAUUCUAACCAAGAGCUUCUGGCACUUGGUCUAGUUAACGUCGGAUCUGCAUUUUUCCCGGUAUUCCCAACUUCCUGCUCUUUGUCGAGGACACUGGUGAACGAAAAGUGUGGUGCGAGAAGUCAGCUCUCAGGAUUUAUCGCCGCUCUUUGCAUUUUGAUUGUUAUCAUGUUCAUUGGACCAUUAUUGGAGUCGCUUCCAAGUUGUGUUCUUGCUGCAAUAGUUUUGGUCGUCGUGGAGCCACUUUUGAGAAAAUGUACCGAUCUGCCGAUGCUGUGGAGAUGUUCCAAAGCCGAUUUAUUCAUCUGGAUUGGUACCGCUACUGCAACUCUUUGUACUGAUAUCGCUCCUGGUGUGGCUGUGGGAAUUUCUCUAGUUAUUCUAAAUAUUGCCAUUCAAUCUCAACAAGCAACAGUGAAAAUCCUUGGGCAAGUGAAAGACAACGAUUUCCGACCAAUUGACAUGUAUGACAGUGCUACGGAGACAUCGUUCCGUAUCAUUCAUUUUGUUGGUGGGCCAGUUUCGGAGAAUUGUCGAUCUUUUGAAGACGUCGUUAUGGAUGCAACAAACAUCAUCCGAAAAACGAGGAGCGGAAGCAUUGAUUCUCAAGGGUAUACAGAUUGGACGGCGAUUAUUCUGGACUGCACCACUUGGACUCGCACCGAUCACAUGGGAAUACAAGCGGUGGAUGAAGUCAAUAAGGAUUUGCGGAAAACUCAAAUUUUUCCGCUUUUCGUAAAUCUCAAAGCAUCGAUUCGUCGGCAAUAUUGUCUUGCUGGGAUUCUAGAGCAACCGGAUUUGGAUGAAGCAAAACUGGCAAAGGAGGAGGCAAGAAUUCUAGAAGAGGAAGCUCGAAUUCAAGAAGAAAGAAGAAAAUGUUCUGCUUUCAAGGUUUCGAUGAAAAAAUACAAAAAGCGAUGUGUAGUAGAUGCUAUGGAAUCUGGUGAAGAUGGUAACGCUCAUGUCGAGAUCAAGUUGUGUUAUGAUGAGAAGGAACUAGAUAAAGCUGAGAGGGACUUGUUUGAUGCCAAAAAGGACCUUGCUCUUUGGAAGAAGCAACUUGCUCAACAAAACAGAAGUAAAGAUAUGGUCCAGCCGGUGAGAAUCUCACAAAAUCAAUUUUAUCCAUCCAUCACUGACGCCAUGAUCUCUGCCAACCUGUUAGUCAAAGAACAGGGUCAUUUUUUUGAUAUCAAGCAAUCGAAAGAUGGCAAGUUCUGA